AUGGGGCUACAGCAGCGGCCGCAGGCGGCCGCAGGCGGCGCGCCCGUAAGCGCGUUUGCGCUCGAGGCCGGCGCCCAUGCGGCGUCCCCUGCUCGGCAGGGCCCGGGCGAGGCGAGGGCCAUGGCGGCCGUUCCAUCACUAGAGGAAGGCGAACUCAGGAGCGCGAGCUUGCUUGCCGGGCCACGCGGCCCAGGCGGUGACCUUGCAGCGCCCGCGACGUCGGCGCGAGGCGAUGCGGCGAGGGCGCCCGCCGAUGGUGGCGAUGUGGACGGUAUCAUCGAAGGCGCCCUGGCCGAUGUCGCGGCGGCCGCAGCUUCAGCUGAAGCUGCGGAAGCUGCCCGUGGCCCCCCUCAAGAUCAGCGCUCGGAGGGUGCAGCCACCGCGCCCGCCGCCCCAGCCAGCGGCAGCGGCGGCGAGGCCGGCGGGGGCGGUGCAUCCCAUGCAGCUCCCGCGAGCGGCGGCGCCGCGGCGGCGCCUGGGGCGGCGGCGGCGGCGGCGGCGCUGUUCCACCAGCCCAGCCUUGAAAUGGGGGAGGUGAGGGAUGGCGCCUCCAGUGAAGAGGAGGGCGCCGCCGCCCCCGCCGGCCCGGGGCCCAGCAGAGGCCUGGGGGACGAGGAGGGAGAGGCAGUGGGGCGGCCCCGCCGCCGCAGCCUGAGCCGCGGCGUCAGCAGGAGCAGGAGCAGGGGGCGCAGCAGGAGCAGGAGUCGGAGCAGGGAUGGCGGGGGCGGCCUCAGGCGGUAUUCUAGGGAUAGGAGCAGGGGCGGCAGCAGGAGUGCGAGCGGCAGCCGCGGCGGCGACCGGCAAUGGGCGCGGCGGCGCAGCAGCGAACGCAGCAGGAGCCGGAGCCGUGGCCGCGGGGGGUGGCGCAGCGGCGGCGGCGGCGGCGGGUACAGCCGCAGCGCCAGCCGCAGCCGCACGCGCAGCCGCGAGCGCGACUGGCGGGUUGAUCAUGAUCGCGGCCGCGGCCACGACAGGGGCGGCUGGGGCGACCGCCAGGCGCGCUCGUGGCGCCGCAGCCGCAGCCGCAGCCGCGACGGGGACGCCAGCCGCGAAGGCAGCCGGGGUCGCGCUUGGCGGCGGCGGGGGAGCCGCAGCCGGAGCCGGAGCCGCAGCCGCAGCCGCAGCAGGCGGCGCGCGCGCAGCGGGGAGCGCCGGGAGCGCGGCCGGGAGAGGGCGGACGAUCCCAGGUUCCAUUUGGGGCCCCGCAUGCCGCGAUCUGACAGUAUGCGGGAGCGCGACAGGGAGGGGCGGCAGCAUAGGGAGUCCUCUGAUAGGGACCGCGACCGCGGGCGCGAGCGCAGCCGCGGCGGUGCGGGCUGGGGUGACGACAGGGCCCCCACUGGCGGCGGCGGCGGCAGCCGGCCACGCCGCCGCAGCGCCAGCCGGAGCCGCAGCCGGAGCCGCAGCGGGGCACCAGUGGGGUCGGCCGCGGCGGCGCCGCCGGAGAGAGGGGGCGGGAAGCGCAGCGGCGGCGGCGGCGGGGGUGGCGGCGGCGGGAGCAAGCCGCGCUUCCGCAACCCUGUGUAUGUGAUCAACCCGCCGCCAAAGGACCCAAACAUUCGUUACUGGCGAGAGCGGGACGGGUUCAUUCACGACAGGCACGGCAACGUGUUUGACCCGGAGACAGGGGAGGUCAUCAAGGGCCCUGGCAAGGCGGCGGCGGAAGCCAGCCAGGCG